CAGUGAAGCUCCUCCCACAAAAAUCACACAUUCAGUAAUUCAGCAAUAAAUGCUGGAAAAUCUCCAUCAGUUCACAAGUGAAGACCAGCAUCUAAUCAUCAGGAAGAUCUGAAAUCUGUAAAGACUGAGUUUAUUAAAGAGGACAGAGAGAAGAUGAGAGAUCCAGAGCCCUGCAGAAUCAAGCACACUGAAGAUAUUGAAGAACAAACAGAGUUGAUUGAAGAUAAUGAGGAGAAAGAAGAAUUGAGUGAAUCUGAGGAGAAAAUUCAUGUCAUAAGUGGAGAAAAACCCAAACAGAAAGAUUUAAAGAAAAGAAGAGCCAAGAAAUCUUUCACCUGCACUCAGUGUGGAAAGAGUUUCACAUGCAAACCUCAUCUUGAUGUUCAUAUGAGAGUUCAUACUGGAGAGAAACCAUUCACUUGUGAUCAGUGUGGGAAGAGUUUCACACAAUCAGCACACCUUAAGAAACACAUGGGCAUCCACACUGGAGAGAAACUGUACACAUGUGAUCAAUGCGGGAAAACAUUUUUGUGUGCUUCGGUAACAGGACCCGAGCCUGUGCAGUAG